AUGCGUUUCCAAUCCGCUGGGGCCUUUGCCUCGCUCCUGCUCUUCUCCCGCGUCGCCGUCGGAGCUGCCCUUGCAGAGCCAGCAAAUGCCACCCUCCCAAUUGAAGAUGACGAUACUUGUGACCCGGAUCUCGAGGAGACUGUGACUGCCACAGUGUUGCCUAUUUCAUCUGCGGCAGCGGUCCCUACGCCAACCGGUGUUGCGUCCAACGCCGAGAGCGCUCCUCCUGCUCCCAUCGCCAACGGCACGGUGCCCACGUCCGCCCAAGAGGAGCUCACCACUCUCACCGUGCUGUCGACCCAGGUCCGAACCGUCAUCAGCUGUGCCCCCACAGUCACCAACUGCCCGGCCGACUCUUCGUCCCUCUCGAACCUGGCCUCCACAGCCCCCGAGCAGGUGUCUACCGUGCUCGUGACGGAUGUUGUGCAGCUCGCCACGACAAUCUGCCCCGUGACAGCCGCCGAGUCGGUCUCUUCCAGCGUUAUUUCUGUUGCUGCCACAGGCGGCAUCACCGGUACGACCAUCACGCAAUCCGCGAGCCUCCCCGCUUCCCUCCCAACUGAUGCCCCGAGCCCCUCGGACACUGGGGCCGGUGCUGGUCCUCAGCCGUCCGGAGAGGCCGCCACCUCGUCCGCAAUUUCUGCAGGUAUCCCACCCGAGUCUGCUGCCGUCCCACCCGAGUCUGCUGCUGAGGUCCCAUCCGGCUCUGCCAUUCCUCCUCAAGAAAGCUCUUCGCCUGAGACAGGUGCUUCCCAGGCACCGCCAGCACCCACGGGGGCUGUUCCUCAGCCUCCUUCCAACAGCACUGGAGUGAGGCCCUUCCCCGUCGGCAACUCAUCCAUCCCUUCCGUUCAGGAGGUGACUUCGACCGUGUACGCCACCAACCUGUACACGGUUACGUCUUGCGCCGCCAGCAUCACCAACUGCCCUGCCGGAAGCUCUGUUGCCACUGAGAUCGUCCCUGUGUCGACCACCGUUCUGAAAACCACGCUCGCUUCAUCCGAGAUUGCUUCCCUCUCGUCGGUCGCAGCUAUCACAGGUGCCCCUGAGACCACUCCGGCCCCUGGCGGCGAGCAGACCACCCUGACUGUCCAGGUCACACACCUCCACACCGUCAUUUCUUGCGCUCCUACCGUCACAAACUGCCCCGCGGCCACCGCCACCAAGGAGAUCUCCGAAGCCAUCUCCUCCCACGGAAGCUCUGCCGUUCAGCCAGUUAUUGUGACCAGCAUUGUCGGUGAAACAACCACUGUGUGCCCCGUUACCGAGGCCUCUGCCGUGUCAUCACAGGUCGGCGCCAGCCUGAGCUCUGCUGUGGUGACCACCACUGUCGGCGGCUCCGCCUCUUUCUUCAUCCCCGGUGCCUCCAGCGUCCAGACCGCCGUUGUAUCCCAGACAUCUGUGCUGACCACGGCCACGCCCGUCGUUUCAUUCCUCACGGUGACCCUCGGCGAUGGCGUUGAGAGCACUUCCACCAGGGUCGUUGAGCAGCCUCAAACCGUCACGACUAUCGUCCCACAGGCAUCGGCUUCCUCUUCUGUUGAGGCCGUCGCUGGGUCCUCGUCCACCGCUGUUAUCGUAUCUGUGUCCCCAGUCGUUUCUGUGAUCACCAUUACCCUGAGCGAUGGCUUCGAGAGGACCUCAACCAGCUCUUUGCAAGUCGCUUCGACCAUUACAACGGUUGUGCCUGCUCCUACAACCCCAGCAGCUGAGACUCCCGCGGCUGAAACCCCGGCCCAAGAAACCCCGGCCCAAGAGACAGUUCACACCACGGUUCUCAGCACAAGCAUUGUGCGAGUCCCAAGCGUGGUUACUGUCACAGUUUCGGGCAUUGCUCAGGAGUCCAGCACCGUCAUCGAGUCCACCAGCGUCCACACUUCGAUUGUGGAGCCCUCGCCCAGCGCCCCAGCCUCGGAGGUUGUGUCAAACCUCGUUUCCACCAUCUACGAGACGGUCACCUCGCAGAUCCCCGUCGAGACGAUCCUCACCGUCACCCUGGGCGACCAGGUCCUCACGUCCACCAUCUCGACGGCGGCCGCCGUGCAGACCGCCGAGACCACCGCCCCGCCCCAGGUCUCAACCGUCUAUGUCACCGUGGGCUCCGGCUCCGAGACCAGCGUCAUGACGAGCACCUUCACGGCCAGCGAGGUCGUCGCCAAGGAGACCCAGACCCUGACCCUGACGGGCAGCGCCGGCGUCGUCUCCACCUACACCCUGACCAUGAGCCAGGCCACCACCGUCACCCAGGAGGCCCCCAAGCCCACCAACCAGGGCAACGUCGCCAGCGCCUGCGUGCCGUCCACCGUCACCCUCGUCAGUGUGUCGACGCUCUGUGCUCGAAGCGGCAACGCUUGUGCUACGGCUACGAACCUGCCCCUGGCCAGGUUCUAA